AUGCCUCAACAUACUCCACUUCGUCAGACGACACAGGUGCCUCACGCAGCAAAGGUGAAAAACAACAUUUGGAUUGUUCAGCACCCUGAUGAUGAUGGACUCGAUAGGUCGUACGACCUAUUUCUACUUUUUGUAUUCGCUACAGAACGUGGAGUUGGAGAGUCAAAGCCUCAUGAGUGCAAUAUUCACGACAUUCCAGCUGCAAUUUUGCCCAAGACUAUUGCGAUAUAG